AUGUUUUUAAAAGUGCUGUGCGUGUUAAACGCGUUUGCUUGGGUGCAGUGUUGCAGUUCGUUCGGAUCCCUUAACGUGAGGGUCCUGAAUAAGGCUCAACGUGCUUUUGACAGGACCAUUAAGGGAUGCAUCUCCAAAAAGUCUUUUACUGACGACGAUUUCGUCUCACACGUGUGGAUAAUAGCAAAACCAAUACAACGUCUCCGAAUCGGGACCGUCGAAAACACCCCAGACUUGGAGUUUGUCAAAUUUUCGUAUUGCAACAUUGAAUCAAUCACACCUAACGCAUUUCGAGACGUGCCCAACUUGCAAGUUAUUCACAUCGAGCAUGGGUCGCUUACUCAAAUAAAAAGGAACGUCUUCAAGGGGUCGCAGAUCCCGCGACUUCUCGAACUGUCACUGGCCCACAAUGAAAUCUCGAACAUUGAAGUGAAGGCCUUUGCUUACAGCACAUUUAGAAAAUUAUCCCUCUCCAACAACAAGUUGGCGAGGUGGUACCCCGGCUGGUUCACAAACGCCUCAGCCGACGCCUUCAACCAGCCCUCCCUGUCGGAGAAUUACACCAUCAGCCCGCUCGAGGAAAUCGACUUCAGCAACAACCUACUCACCGAACUGACCCUGAACGCCCUAAUCGCGCUUCCCGACCUGAGGGUCUUUAACCUAGACGCCAAUGAAAUCUACAGCAUCGCUCCGGGAACCUUCCGCGGAACAAAACUGGACACGCUCAAACUCGCCCGCAAUCGCCUCUCCAACGUCGACUCGAACUGGUUUCCGAAACCCGUCCGCCUGUCGCGCCUAACCCUCAACGCGAACAAGCUGAACUUCAUCCCAGAGGAAUUCUUCCAGAGGGUGCAACCGAGCCUGUUCGCCUUCGACGGUAACCCCAUGACGUGUGCCUGUCAAACGAAAACCACGCAAGUGCUGCACAACAAGAACCACCACAUCGAAACGACGGAAAACUGCAGCUGGCCUAACGUGCCCGUCUGCAUUUGGCUCGAGGAUGGCGUCUGCGCGGAGGAGGUCGACGAGGGUGUCACUCGGCAGUACCACGAGGCGAUUAUUUCGGCACUUAGAAACAUUAGCGAUAGUGUAAGGGACCGAUGUUAUAAUUUAACUUAA